GUUACCUUGAAGCCGCCGAGCUCGGCUUUCCAACCCACACCCGUGACACAGCUGCGGUUCUCGGGGACACCGGCCACUCACCCGGGCCUCCUACUGUCCACCGCCACCUCGCAUUCCUCCCCCUUGCACCCCGAUCCUCCUUUACCCCAACAAACUCCUUCGUCUGUGGAGAUGAGAAUCGAAGCUCACUGAAUUUACCCCCGGCUGUGACAACAGGUGCUUUCUUCUACUUUUUUUCUUUUUUUUUGGGGGGGGGGAGGGUAAAAAUAGGCCCACCCCGCCGUCUUGGAAGAGCCCGUUCCAGUGGGGGCCAGUGCGUCGGUCAGCAGUCACCCGGGAUUGGUGCCCAAGUCACACUCACACAGUGAAUCUCCCUGCAGAGCAGCACUGGCGACAUGACGGAGACGGCAAUGGAAGGUGGAUGGCGAACGUCCACCACCACCACCACCGUCAUCGACAGCAAGAACGGCGACGUGGUGCAGCUGCCGGCCAGGUCCUCGAAGAAGACCGUGACUGAUAACCUGUACACCACCUUCAGCUCGCCCUUGGCCUGGAUCCUGGUCCUGGCCCUCAUCAUCACCUGGUCGGCUGUGGCCGUCAUCAUGUUCGACCUGCUGGAUCAGAAGCAGCUCACAGGAAACAUUCACCACAUGGGCUCUGAUCCCAUGAAAUCCGUCGGCAAGGCGGUGGAGGAAUCCACCAGCUGGGCCAACGCCGUCCUGGCCUUCAUCACUGACCUCCUGUCUCCCGAUGAAGAUGAAGGUGACCUGGUGCAUGCAGUGAAGAAAAAAGGGGAAUUUCUUCCAUCCAAGAAGAAAGCUCUUCCACAAGCCAGAGAGACAAAAGAGAGGAAAGGAAAAGAAGUGAAAGUGGAGUCCCAGCGAGAGAGGCGGAAGUCAAAAACAAUGAAGCGGGAAUUAAAAGAGGAAAAGUCUGCAAGAAAGGAAAGGAAAGCCGAGAGGAGGGAGAAGCCCGUAGACAAGGCCAAGGCGAAGCUCAGGCGGGAAAGAGUGAUGAGGACUAAAGAGAAAAAGCCUGCUGUGAAACCAAAGGAAGACAAAAAAGAGGAGCCCAAGAAAAGGCCAAGCAGAAAGUCAAAGGAGCUAAAGAGAGAAGGUGAAGGUGUGAAGAAGAAAACAGCUCUGGACAGGAGGAGGGCAGCUGGAAAGAAACCAGCAGAGAGACCAAAGGAAAGAAAAUCUAGAUCUGAAGAAAAAGCUGUAAAGAAAAGGCAACCAGAAGACAAGCCUGUAACUGCAAAACCCACGAAGGCUAAAAAGAAACAAGCUGUGAGGAAAAAACCCGAAGAUAAGAAGAAACCAAUAACAGAGACACCUAAAAAGAAAGGUGAUGAUAAGAGGAUAUCAAAAGCCAGAAAGACGCCCGAUAAAAAAGGAAAAGCUGAAAUUCCUAAGAGAACACGUGACAGAGAACAGGAGAAGGUUCACAUGGAAACACCUAGAAAGAAAGAACCAGUAAAGAAAGAAAAACCAACCUCAAAACGGCCUGGUCGCCUGGGAAAAGCAAAGGCAAGAGAAACUGGAGCUCCAAACGCAGCACGUGAGAAGCCUGCUACAAUGACUCCUACUGAAACAUCAAAAAUCAAAGAAGCAGAACUACACAAGAAGGUACAUGAAGAAAAGCCUGAGGUGGAAACGACAGAGUUACCGAAAGAGAAAGAACAUGAGGCCCCCAAAGAAGUGAAAGCAGAGCAGAAAAUGGAGAUUUUAGAACCAGAGCUUAUCCAGAAAGAAGCAGUGGAAGAACCUAAACAGGAAGAGCCAGUGGUUAAAGAAAUAGAAGAUGUCGUACCGCCUGAAAAACCAGAACUGGCUGCUGAAAAAAUACAGGAAGAGGUCAAAGAGACAGUUGUUCUUUCAAAGGAGGCCCCACUGGGAGCAGCGGUUCCUGGCGAAGCGCAUCCUGCAGAAGGUCACAAAGUGGAAGAGGAAGUUGAACAGGAACCUGAAGGGCCUCCCUCUGAGGCCUGCGCUGCAGUGGAACCCAAAGCCACAGAGAAAGCUGAAGCGGAGCUGGGAGGGCCAGAGUCCCCUGCAGUACCACAUAUCACAGUGGAACCUGCUGAGAAAGUGAAAACUGAAACUGAAGAAUCAAAAGAAGCUGUGGAUGAGCCGGAAACAAAGGUCCUUGAAGCUAAUCAAACAACACCUGUGCAGAUACCUCAAGCAGAAGCUGCACCAUGCAGACCGAUGCCAGUGUAUUGCCCUGCCCCUCCAGGCUGGUACGUGCAUCACAUUGUGACAGACAACCCAUUUCCACCUACUCCAAUGACAGUUUCUGAAGUUCCUAUUCUGACAAGCCACCCACUGCACCCAGCAGCCCCAGUAGCAGAACCUGAUGAAAAAUGGCAAGCCCCACAGAAAGAGCCUGAGGUCUCCGAAGAGAUGGAAAAGUCACCCCCAUCCUUUAAAAAAGAAGCCGUGGUUCGGAAGGAGAAGCCCAAACCCCAUCCCGUUAGGAAAGAAACAGUGAAGGAGAUUCCCAAGGAAAAGCCCAGGGUGGUUCCCUCAAGAAGAGGUCUGUAUGUUCCGGAGAAGCCCACCAAGCCGGUGAAGACAGAAAAAGCAAAGUCUGUACUGAGAAAAGAGCCAGAAGCGAAGAAGCCACCCAGAACAGAAGAGAAGCCAAAGGAUUUCAAACUUCCAGUGACUGAUGUGAAAGAGAAGCGCUUCCGUGCUCCCAAGACACCCCCUCCAUCAAAAGCUGCCCCCCCACGAAAGGCUUCCCAGGCCGAGAGGAAAUCCCUGAAGGAGGUGAAAGAGAAAGUCGGGAAGACUGCGAAACCUGCAAAAGCGGAGCCUUUGGGGCAGAACAAGGCCAAGCCUGAACCUGGCAAGAUGCCCUACUUCCAGUGCGUGCUCCUGAGCUCCCAAAGUUCUGGAUACCCCUUGCGGCCUCAGAGUCCGGCCCAGAACCCAAGCGCCAAACCUGUGAGGGCCAGACCGGCAGGUGUCUAGGACAGCGCCACCUACAUGCCGGGUUUGUAUCUGGCAGCCUGUGUCUCGCCGUGAUGGCUGGGGUCUCUCCUUGAAUCCAUUGCCGUAAUCCAGCUGGGACACCGGCGUUUCGCAGGAUGUCGACCAAUAACAGAGGAAGACCAAGGAGGAGGGGCUAAAUGGCUCAGGCUUUUCCUCUGUGCGUUUUUUUCAUUUUCUUGACCAGCCGAAUGUCUGUGGCUGUCGGAGUUUGUUCGCUGACAGGCCGCAGGGAUGAGCCGGCUUUCUCUACAAUGCUGUUUGGGUGUCCAACCUCCGUUUCGGUGAUUUUCAGCAUGUAGCAAUAACACCGCUAUGUGUCAGAGACACCUCAGGUGACAUCACUCAGACAUGAUCUUACGUGGUUCCAUCUUAAGAUUUAAAGGAAAAAAAGAAUAUAUAUAUAUAUAUGAUAUAUAAAAUGUUAUAUAUUGUCCACCUGUAAAUGUAUAUAACACAUAUUGUAUAUAAGAUUUAGCGGUUAAUACUUAGGGCAUUGACUAUUCUAAGACGGCUUAUCCAAAUAUGCCUCAAAAUGAACAUUAUCUGUUAUGGUACAUUGAUCUCCUUGCAAAUUCUGAGCUGUUCUGCACGGUGCAUUUACUGCUGGCAUGGCAUUUAUAAGCUGGCAUGGCAGUACUAGUAUAUCAAAGGUGUAGAUUUGGGUAUGGAUGGUAGAGACGCAUCCCUACCGAUAUUGUGGGAGGACUGUGUGUGUUUAAGGGGGGCGGGGGGGGGUCGGGGAUGAUUUAGACCCCAUCUGUGUUGAACCCAAAGAUACACCCUUGUAGUGUAUAGUCGCAAGUUUUAUUUAUUUUGCUUUUUAAAUGUAAAUAUAAAAAUUGCCACUUGAGGUAUGGCCCAGCCUCGUCACGCUCGCGCCGAAAAGACCGUGCCUGUUUUCCUUCUCUCGUUUUCUGCUUCUGCUGAUGUGCCCCUGAGCUGCGCAUCCGUUACUCUGAGCUGCGGGUAAUUCCCAAAAUUUUGAUUCAGGGUCUUGCAUACGCUAAAUGCUUGAAAGAAAAAAAAAACACUUCAUGAUUUGCACAUCUUUGAACCAUGGAUAAUAAAGGCAUUUCUGUGAA